CAUGGCGCCCGCGCAGCGCCCGCUGCUGCCGCUGCUGCUGCUGCUGCUGCCGCUGCGCGCGCGCGCCGAGGACGCCGCCCGCGCCAACGCCGACCGCUACGCCGUGUACUGGAACCGCAGCAACCCCAGGUUCCACAUGGGCGUGGCGGGCGACGGCGGAGGCUACACGGUGGAGGUGAGCAUCAACGACUAUCUGGAUAUCUACUGCCCACACUAUGGGGCCCCCCUGCCACCAGCGGAGCGCAUGGAGCACUACGUGCUGUACAUGGUCAACGGCGAGGGUCACGCAUCCUGUGACCAUCGGCAGCGUGGCUUCAAGCGCUGGGAGUGCAACCGGCCAGCAGCGCCCGGCGGGCCACUCAAGUUCUCCGAGAAGUUCCAGCUCUUCACGCCCUUCUCCCUGGGUUUUGAGUUCCGUCCUGGCCACGAGUACUACUACAUUUCUGCCACACCUCCCAACGCUGUAGACCGGCCCUGCCUGCGGUUGAAGGUUUACGUACGGCCGACUAAUGAGACCCUGUAUGAGGCCCCCGAACCAAUCUUCACCAGUAACAAUUCCUGCAGUGGCCUGGGCAGCUGCCACCUCUUCCUUAGCACCGUCCCUGUGCUCUGGACCCUCCUGGGCUCCUAGUCCUGGCCCUGAAGGAUGCUGGCUCCACCAGGACCCACUUACACCUGCGACCUCAGCCCUGCCCAUGACCACAGCCGCUUCCGAGACCAAAUAGACGCUGCUUCUCCCUGGUGGUGCUGCCCACUGGAGGGGCAGCCAGGACCCCCCGACACCCAAGGGGGACUGGGAUGGCCCCAGGCCUGGCCACCUUCCUCCAGAGGGGCUGCUGAGGAACCCCGGCCCUUCUUGGCAAUUGUUCUUUUGUGUGUUUUCAUGGUUGGAUAAGAAAGACUUUGUGUUUUUUAACUUAAUUUAUUCCCCACUGUUGCCGGUGACUUUGGGAAACAGAAUUAAUGAGGGUAAGGGGACACUGGACCGGCCUGCUCCUGUGCUCCACAAAAUGCUGGCCGACCCUCAGGCACCCUGGGACAAGCAAGCCUGAGCCAGAAGAAGGCAGCAGUAUGAACCCCCUCGUCGUGGUCUAGGGGACAUCAGGCCUCCAUCUCAGCGCCCUCCCCGCCAUUCUUGGGGGGAUUAUUUUCCAGCCACGGUUGAGCCACAGCUGUCCCCUCCAACUCUCAGAACCACUUUGGCUAGCCUGUGCAAACAAGCCCCCUUCUCCCCGUCCCCCACACCUGGGCCCUCCAUCCCGCACUACCAUCUCAUUUCUAGGGCUGGAAAGACGUUAUAUUUCUGUAAAUAGAACCAGCAAGUAUAUACUGUGAUUUAUUUUUAAUGUAUUCCUGAGGAUGGACUGGAAAUCUUGGUUUGUUUGUUCUUUUUUUUUUUUUUUUCAACCUUUUGUCAGGGGGGAGUCUUAUAUUUUGGUGGGGGGAGGUGGGGGAACUUUUUAGAAUAGCCAACACUUCGCAAUAAGCUCGUUUCGUCUGUUCAAGACUCCUCCCCACCCCCUUCGACUCUGUCGACUCUGUGACCUAAUAAUGUUUCUAUAGGGAAAAAUAGAGAAAAGAAAAAAAAGAAAAGAAAAGAAGAUAGAACAAAAAGGAGGGGGGACCUACAACCAAAAAGAGAACUCCUCCUCGAAGAUGAUUUAAUGAAGGAAACAACACAUUUCUACAGAUUUCAUAUUUCUACCCGUCUUUCCUGACUCUGUGUUUUAUAUAUAUUAUAUAUAAAUAUAUAUUGUGUACAGCCGCCAGGAGACGGCUCAAGCCCAUCCAUGCAAAGGGACGGGACGGGGGCUUUUGUAGGGCCUGUG